GAACAACUGGUGCCAAGCUGAGGUGUGCACCCCAGAAAAUUGUUACCACCUAGCUACACAGAGGAACCUGGAGACAUGAGUCAAACUCAUGGAUUUACUGAGAUCCAAGCUGGUGUUUGAGGACAGGGUCCAUUCAGCAGAUCACUUCUUACAGGAGGCCACGAAGCUCAAACACCAUUCAGAUGCACUGUUGGACCGCUUUGAUACAGUGGUUUAUUACCUGGACGCUGUGGUGUCUUUCAUCAAAUGUGGGAACACUCUGGAGAAGAGCGCCCAAGAAUCCAAGUGUCCCUUCCCCAUGUAUGCAGAAACGGUCAAACUUAUCAAAUACACUAUGAAGUUAAAAAGCUACAUGGCCCCCGAUGCAACACCAGCAGACUAGAGGCUAGCUGUGCUCUGCCUACGAUGCCAGUCGCUCCUCUACCUGCAGGUAUUCAAGCUAAGGAAAGACAGCACACCUUAAUACUCCAAAACAGACACUGAACACUUAAAGAAUUCCCAGUCAGUCAACAUUAACCAUGAAUCUAAAGUUUUGUGCUCUAAGAGUAAUAUUAAAAAUAUCCUCCAUGUUGUUA